UCUCUGAGGGUCCCGAGCUGCCGAGCGCGGACCCAAACUCGGGAUAAAGAAGCUUCCGUCCACGCAGGGAGAAGCGAUUACCCCAAGAAAUCGGGCCCCGGGCCCAGGUAGGCCUUGAGCCACCUAAAGAAGACCGGCAACCAAGACAGGUGCAGAAGAGAUACAGGGCCAACCACGGAAUCCGGUUAACCUCAGCCCGACUUUCUCCCGAACAUGAGUCGCUUCUAUGACAGCAUCGAGCCCAAUGUGAUCAACGAGGACAUGCUGCAGAAAGCAGUGGAGGAGCAGGGCCCUCAGGAUGAUGCAGGCCAGCUGGCUAAGAAGGAAGGCAUCAACUUCAAAGAGGUCAAAGCCCUACAACUUGAUUUCAGAAAUAUCCUGAAGAUCGACAAUCUUUGGGAGUUUGUGAACCUCACAAAAUUGCAGCUCGACAACAAUAUUAUUGAAAAGAUAGAAGCACUGGACUCUCUGGUUAAUCUGGUUUGGUUAGAUUUGUCCUUCAAUAAUAUCGAAUUAAUCGAAGGCCUAGACACGUUGGUUAAGUUGCAGGACCUUAGUCUGUACAACAACAGAAUCUCCAGGAUUGAGAAUCUGGAUACGCUACUAGAACUCCAAGUCUUUUCCAUAGGAAAUAAUAAUAUCAACGAUCUGGAAAAUAUGAUUUAUCUCAGGACAUUCAAAAACCUGCGCACACUCAACCUCACUGGGAACCCGGUGUGUGACAAUGAAGUGUACUCCAUGUUCAUUGCGGCUUACCUGCCCAAUCUCGUGUACCUGGAUUUCAGACUGGUGGAGGAAAACAUGCGCGAGAUGGCCUUGUUGAAGUACCAAUAUGCCAUCGAGGAGAUGAGGCACGGGGAAACGCUGGCCCUGGCCAAGCAGGAGGAGUGGGAAGCCAGGGAAAAGGAGGUGGAAUACCACAAGUCUGCCUACGUGGAGUAUCUGGAUGGGUCUUAUCUCUUCGACAGCAUGUUUGCAGAAGACCCUGAAGCAUCUAAGUUGAUCUACCUUCCUGGCGUACCAGCGCUGUUAGAGACCUACAAGAGUAAAUUUGUCGAGAUUUGCCAAACGCUGUUCGAAUACGGCCUGCAGCAGCACCAAAGGCGAGAGGACGAGAUUGCCGUUUUCUACGAGUGCCUCAACGAAGCCCUGAAAGACAACCAAGAUGAGGGCACCAGAAUCAUUCAUGAGUUUGAGAAAAACCGUGGGAUGAUCGAAGAUAUUCAGAACCUCGCAGACUCCCAGAUGGCCGAGUUAAAACUGGUGGAGUACAACGAUGAAAUCACCAAGCUGUAUGAAACGUUGAUGUCUCUGGAGAUGCAGCUGGUUGACCAGUUGGAGGAAGUUAUAAAAGAUUUUGAAAGGAACAUUCUUGAUCUCGUCUCAAUUUUUAUAGAGAACGAACAAGGACUGAUGGCGCAAUGCCGGGAUCUUGAAAAUCACCAUCACGAGAAGCUCUUAGAAACAGCCAUCAACACGCUGGAGAAGAUAGUGAAGAGCGAGUACGAUGAAGAGAUGCCGGAUGAAGUCCGCAUGCUCUUUGUGGACAAAGACACCAUCGUCAAUGCGGUCAAUGCCUCCCAUGACAUUCACCUGCUGAAGAUUGACAACCGAGAAGAUGAAAUCAUCACCAAAGCUAACAACCGGGUGUACAACCUGAUUGAAAAGGUUCACAAGGAUGAAAUCCACCGGAACCGGAACCGUGUGCUAGAACUCCAUCAUUAUAUUGAUCAUAUCCGUAGCGAGCUGGAUAACUUGGACAUCCUAGAGCAGUAGCGGCUUUCUGUACUGAAGCGUACAAGCUCCAUUCCUGGAUUUAGAUUCUGCAACUAGCAAUGACCCUGCCUGGUGGUCCCCCGCUGGUUGAAUCUAAUCCACGGAACACAAAGAACCUAUCCCACUGCAGAGAUUCCCCAAUCCCCCAAAAUGUUUAAUGAUCAGACAUAUUUUCUUU